CCAGGAAGUAGUUAGCAUCCGCAACAAUUAGCAGCGGUUAGCUUUGUGGUUCAUGUUGUGAAUAAAGGACGCUUUAUAUGGCAGAAUGUCAGAGCAAAGGAUAACGGUGACAGUCGCUUACGGAUCCACCAAGCACAGCAUCACACUAACAGGCCAAGAUGAUGGCAAGGGUCCCAAUGUUAAAGACCUGUCAGAUGCUCUCACUCAGGCCACUGGAGUCCCAUCCGCCUCACAGAAGCUCAUCUUUAAAGGGAAAUCACUCAAAGACAUGGAGGAGAGCCUAUCCAGCUAUGGAGUCAAAGAGGGCAGUAAACUCAUGAUGAUUGGAAAGAGGAACAGUCCUGAGGAAGAAGCUGAACUGAGGAAGCUAAAAGACAUCGAGAAGUCCGUGGAACAGACGGCUAAAAAGCUCGAGAAGGUAGAUGGGGAGCUGAGACUAAAAAAUGGCUUCCUGGCCAAAGACCUUCAGGCAGAGGCACUGGGCAAACUAGACCACAGAGUGAAAAUAGCAGCUGAGCAGUUCAUGAAGAUCCUGGAGCAGAUAGAUGCUAUGAGUGUCCCAGAAAAUUUUAGUGACUGCAGAAUGAAGAAAAAGGGACUUGUAAAGACAGUGCAGGAUUUCCUUGCGCAGUGCGACAAGAUCGAGGCUUGUAUAUCAGACCACCUAUCAAAGAUCCAGUCGAAAAACCUUGCCCUGGCAGAGUAGUGAAGUCUCCCAUAUCAUGUGCUAUGUAUUGCUCUGUGAGCAAUUUCCAAGUUAUACAGAGAGCUUCAAGUGUGAAGCACAUCCUGGUUUAUUUAUUGUUGGUGUGAUGUGUAGGACAAAGUCUUCAUCACAAGGAUUCUGUGAAAAGGAUGCUGGCAACACACUGUCUGGGUUAGAGACAGAGAUGAAGUGUUGUCUGACACUCUUUGAAAAGAUCAGAGGUGCUUUGAACUGCAGCAGAUUAUGUAGAUCCUUAGAGCAUCCAAACAAAAUGGUGAAGAGAAUUGCCAAAGCCAAAUACCUAUGAAAAGACUCACCUGUUAUUCCUCAAACUAUACAAUAACAGAGAGAACAUGUUUUUAUCUCUGUGUACCAAUUACAAGCACACAACUUACGGCCAAAAGUAUAUGAACAAGCCAACAUUGUGCACAUGUUCAAAUUCCAUAUUAACACAGGUUAUUCUCCAUAAAUAGCUGCAUCCACUCUUUGGACACUAUUUUCAAGAAUAGGGUUCGAGGGAAGGGACCUACUCCAAACUAGGACUGAAAUUGUAUUUUACUGCCACUGAUAAUUUUAAUGUCUGUCUUACACUAUUGCACAUCUGCAGCUUUCUUCAUAUCAUGAAUGAAUAUCUUUUGAUUUUAGAGUGCCAUUCCCAUAAUAGCAAAUGUGGUGGCAUUAGAAAUUACAUGCUAUGUGCAUUUCUCUAAAUAUAAUUACAUUUUAUAGACCAAAGAAUAAAGUGAUUGAUGAAACGGUUGUUUUAGCCCCAGCCCAGGACAUCACAGUGCUGUUCACAUACUUUUGGUCAUAUGAUGUAUGCAUUUAUUAUUCAUUAUCAUAAACUUUAGUUAAAUCCAUGAUGACCCAUGUGAUAUGUGUCUUUUGUGGAACUGUAAUUGCUUUUCAACUAUCAUUCAGUCUGACACAUCACAUCCACUUUCCUUGGUUUUAAAAUAAACCUUUUUGAAAAAUGAA